AUGCUCAUCGUUGGAGCAGGAUGGGGCGGAAUCCAAUACGCAGUCCGAAUGAUCCAAGCGGGCAUUCCGGCCCAGAAGAUCCAAAUCAUCGAUCCGGCUGCUACAUCUAUCUGCCCUUUCUCGGAGCAACGGGAUAUGUACCUCGGCAUCGAUAUUCCUGCGGUGAGGAGAUUCUCGACAGGAGUACUGAACCGGCCGAAAUUACCGGGUGUUCCGGGGAUUCUGGAUUAUCGGGGUGAGAUGUUUCAUACGUCGUGUUGGGCAUAUGAUAUCACCGGUGGAUCUCCGAAGGAUCCCUCUCUUGACAAGUUGAACAAUAAAACAGUUGCGAUCAUUGGGACUAGAGCUUCUUCUGUGCAAGUCGUGCCACAACUCACACGCUGGUGCAAACACCUCUAUGUCAUCCAGCAAACUCCCGCCGCAGUCGAUAUUCGUGAUCAGAGAGGAACUGAUGAAAGGUGGUUCAAGGAAGAAGUAGACCGAUGCGAAGGAUGGCAGCGAGAACGAAUGAAAAACUUCAACGAACACUUCACGCUUGGAGACCCGCCAUCUCUGAAUCUCGUUGACGAUCAAUGGACUCGUGCACCGAGCUUGGUCGGAAUCGCCGGCAAUUCAAACGGGCCUAAACUACCCAGCGAAAUAGUCGCAUACACAUCAAAAUUGAUUAAAAUCGACACACCCCGACAGAACCGAAUUCGCGCGCAAGUAGACAAACAAGUCAAGGGUCCAGUCACGGCAGAGAAACUUAAGCCCUGGUAUCCAUCCUUCUGCAAGCGACCUCUCUUCCACGACGACUAUCUGGCGACCUUCAACAAAGACAAUGUCGUCGGGAACGAGGAGUACAAAGCAGAUAUCAUAAUCUGCGCCACGGGAUAUCGGUCACCAUCAACAGAAACGCACGCCGGCAAGGCUAACCUGGCCAUGAUCGGGAAGAACGGAGUUUCCAUGAGUACUGAAUGGCCUCGUCAAUCCGGACUUGGCGGGAACUAUGCCUUCACCCUGGGCGAAUAUGCGAAGCAUGCAGCUUAUAUACUCUCCGAAGCCAAGCGCCAAGCAAAUGGAAAGCCUUUCGCUGUUGCGCCGACUGCCGAGGCCGCGGAGAACUGGGCUCAAUUGGUCUUGAUGAAUUCGGCGGCAAUGGCGGUGAUUGUCGGGUGUACGCUGGGGUAUUACAAUCUUGAGGGUGAAUUGGCGCUUCUUCCGGUAGAGUAUCAAGCUAUUGCUGCGUGGUCGACUCUCUGGGGCACUGGAAUGGAGGAUUGGUUGGAUGUGAUUGAGAAAUGGCGCGCGGUUGGGAGAAUGGAUGGGAUCGAGGUGCGGAUUUAG